AGAGUUAUGUUAUUCUUUUAAACGUUGAAGCGUGACAGGAGUUACGGUACCGUCGAUGGAAGCUCACAGCAGAACUCAGCUCUGACGGAAAAAGCAGGAAAACCACCUGACUCGCUGGGAAACGACCUUUACAGGACACGUUUCACUUGUUGCGCACUUGUUAUUUUCUCCCACUGGGACCGAGUUACUCUGAAACAUGCGUCUCUCUGUCAUCCGCGGAUGUUCUGGCUCCGAGCUCACGGUCUGAGUGAAUCUGCUAAAGCACCGCGUGUGAGACAAGGCACACAUUCCUGAAGCUGAAUAUAAUACCGGACAUCUGUGAAAGGCACAAUCAGACAGGACAGGUUAUUAGAAAAUCCCUGAGCUAAGCGUAGGCGUGCUUUUUUUUUAAAAAAAAAAAUAUUGGAAUUCUUGGCCAAAUCGCUGCUGGAUGGCUUUAAUGGAGCUUUAACAGAAAGUCCGGCGCUGAUGAACGUGAACAUGAUGUCGGCGGAGUCUGCGAGCGGCUGCGGUUCCCACAGAGCCGGCGGCUGGAGCUUGCACAUUCUCUACAGCGUUCUCCUCCUGGGGAGUGAGGAAAUGCACGGACUCUCCGACUUCUCAACUUAUUUAUUCAGGAUCAUCAUCAGUCACUCAGCACAUGCCCGUGAUGGUGAGCUUCUGCUACUUUCUUGCCCCCGCCACUCCACCAUCUCUGUGCAGUCUGCCUUCUACAGGCCGCACGCACCUCUCACAUACUGCAAUGCACCUACAGCACUGCAGAAGAUGCUAUCAGAAUGCCAAGGCCGGAGAAACUGUCAAAUCUUGGUUAAUUACCGCCUGUUUGGCAGUGACCCCUGUCCUGGAACCACCAAACACCUUCAUGUGUCAUAUAGCUGCAAACCCAUGGAAACUAAAAACAGAACAAGAUGUGAGGGAGAUCAAAUGCUGCUUCACUGUAAGUACCCAAAAUUACUGAACAUCUACUCGGCCGUGUAUGGGCGGGAACUGGGAGAGAAAGCAGCUUGUCUUACAGAGGAAGAGCAACCACCUCCCUUUGAGUGCUUGUAUCAUGGAGCCCUAGACACAGUAAAAAACUUGUGCUAUGGAAAGCAGCGAUGUCUUUUUAUCAUUAAUGAUCAGCAAUUCAGAAAUCCCUGCAUGCCUGAAACAAAGAAGUACCUCAGUGUUGUCUACUCAUGCGUUCCACAGAGUUUACUCAAAGAGGCUGACCCCAACUUUUUCCAAACUACCACAAUUCGUCAGGAGACCACCAAGGCCGGGAAACAUCCAGAUGUCAGAGAGUCCAGAUUGCCAGAAAAAAAUGGCAUCCUUGUGAGCAACUCUCUUAUGGCAUAUGGAUACAUAAUAGAACAUCCUGAAAAGGCUGGCCUGCUCUUCGUCUCGAGUGUGUGUCUGGGACUGUUCCUUGUCUUGCUGGCCAUCUCUAUGAGGAUAACCUGCUCCAGGCAUCUUGAAGGAGUGAGCUGUCUACACAAGAAGACAGCCACUGUGGAACCAAAAGACGAAGAUGAUGAUGAAGACAGUGAUGAUGAAGAGUCAGAGCCAUUGAUGGACAGCUCAGUGAUGUCAGAGGUAGGCAGGAAGGUGUAUUGUUGGGAAGAGGCAAUGUACACGACUGAGGCAGCAGAACUGAUCGAGAGGCUGGAACGACGAGAGAUGAUCAUCCAGGAGAUCAGGAUGAAUGCAUACCUCAAUGGCACUUCCUGCACUCUGCACUGAUACACACCAGCUGUUUUGCUGGCUAAAAGGAUGAAUACAUGUGAACGUGUUG